AUGGCAAAGCUUACACUUCUCGCACUCGCUUUCACCGCCCUUGUAGCCUUUGCUGCAGCCCACACAACCACCGUCACCACAACCGUUGAGGAUGAGAAUCCAAUUCCAAUUCCAUCAUUUAUUCCUCCAAUUCCGGGUGUAACUGGGCCCAUGUGUCGCCUAAAGCUCCAGAUGCAACAAUUGGAUAAAUGUCAGAUGUACCUCCAGCAAGGACAGAGUCCUUAUGUUAGUGAGGCUCAAAUGGGCCUACGCAAAGGACAACAACAACUCCAACAACAAUGCUGCCAACAGCUCCAAAACGUUGAAAGCCGGUGCCAGUGUGAGGCCGUGAAGCAGGUUUUGCAGGAUGCACAAAGAAUGCAAGGACAACAACAAGGACAGUUUGGUUUCCAGCAACAACAGAUGGAGCAGAUGGCUCAGCGCCUCCCUCAACAAUGCAGACUCCAAGUCCGUGAACAAGAAUGCCAAAUCAGAGGAUCAUCAGGCGGCUUCUCUAACCCACAACAACAGUGUAGCCGUGUCCAAGGUCAAAGCUUCAACCAGUGCCAAAGGUAUAAUUAA